UAGGUUCUAUAAAUAGAGUAACAUUUGUUCAUAGAAAACAUCUCAUAGCCAUCCUUCAUAAAACACGCCAUCAUCAUAAUGUCUUUCAAGAGUUUUCCAAUUGGUUUUGGUUUGUUUGUCUUCGGGAUUCUUUCUUUCAAUGCAUACUCAGAGGUAGCAUCAGCUCAAAGUUGUCUACCAGGGCAAUAUUCAUUCACUUUUAUCAUGACCCUAAGUUGUAAUGGCUGUAACGCGAAAUGUAGCGGUUGGUGUUCCUUAAAAGGAUUACCAUCUUACAAUUUUUGCAAUGGCGGAGGUUUUGGUGUGAAAUCAUGUUUGUGUUGUUGUGGAACAAAAACACAACCGCCAAAACCGCAGCCGCCGGUACCUAGGCCAGCCCCACCACCACCAUCACCUCCACCUCCAUCCCCACCACCGCCACCUCCACCAUCACCUCCACCUCCAUCUCCACCACCGCCACCUCCACCAAGAGAUCGACAAGAUUUGUGCGACCUUUCUGAUAUAUCUUUAUCAAGACAAGAAACAACUUGCGCAACUUGUACAGAGGCUGGUUGUGUUAGUGAUUGUGCUACAUACGGAGCUCCAUUCCUUUUACAGUCGUGCUCUCCAACUUCAUUCUGCAGCUGUUGUUGCACUGCAAGUUCCCUUUCAUCAUCUACAAGGACUCGCAGAAGUGGUUCAACAUUAUUCAACGCAGCACAGUAAAGUUAUCACGGUCAUUAGCUAGCUGCAUCCAGUGUGAUGUGACCUCGAGCUGUCUUUGUGCCGGCCGUUUGAUAAUAAAAACAAGCAGCGUGUGCUUUAUUGUGUUUGUUUAAGCAUGUACUGAUUCGUAUUUUUCUUCUUCCAUUCAUGUUUUAAUUUGUAUCGGUAUCCUAAAAUGCUAGGGUAGACACACUCACUUGUCAUUUUAUGCCUUUCCUUCUAUUCCGGUAAUAAAUAAGAGAAAAUUGGGGAUAUGUCCCGUUUUCACUAAUUGAUUUGUG